CGAGGCGGGCGGCGGCGGAGCGGGGAGAAGGGAGUUCAUCGAGGCUCCGCCGCCCAAGGUGAACCCCUGGACGAAGAACGCGGCCGCGCUGGCGGUCAACGGGCAGUCGCCUCCAGAUAUAUUUCCAGCUGAUGGCCAGUCUGAAAACACAACUCCUGCUAAAGUGGUGAGGGCUGCCAACCCGAGACAGCGCAAGGGAAGCAAGGUUGGUGACUUCGGUGAUGCUACAAAUUGGCCAACACCUGGAGAAAUAGCUCACAAGAGUGUCCAGCAGCCACACAAAGCACCAUCCCUCCGGAAACUGCCUAUCAAGAAAGACAUGAAAGAACAGGAGAAAGGGGAUGGAAGUGAUGGCAAAGAGAGCCUGAAAACCAAAUCAGAUGAGUCUGGUGAGGAGAAGAACGGUGACGAUGACAACCAGAAGUCAGCCCAGAAGAAGAAAGGCAACAAACACAAGUGGGUCCCUUUGCAGAUAGACAUGAAGUCAGAGGUGCCUCGGGACAAAACAGCCUCUCGGAACAACCGGCAAAAUGAGCAGCACAGGCACCUCUCCAACAACCGUGGCGAGCUGAAAGGCUGGCACCCGGACAACAAGCAUGAGCGCCCCUGGCAGGACCAUGAUGAGACCUCCAGUGUGAAGAGCGAGGGAGGAGCUGUACGAGGAGCCUUCCGGGGCCGAGGCAGGGGCCGUGGCAGGGGCCGUGGCCGGGGCAGAGGAGGGCACUUUGAUUACCAGUAUGGAUACCGGAAAUUUGAGGGCUCAGAUGGCUCCCGCACCCAGAAGUAUGCUAGCAACAUCACUUACUACUUUGACAACAUUAGCAGCACCGAGCUCUAUAGCGUGGACCAGGAACUGCUCAAGGACUACAUCAAGCGGCAGAUAGAAUAUUACUUCAGUGUGGACAACCUGGAGCGAGACUUCUUCCUGCGUCGCAAGAUGGACUCAGAUGGAUUCCUUCCCAUCACCCUGAUUGCCAGUUUCCACCGGGUACAGGCACUGACUACUGACAUCAGUCUCAUCAUUAAGGCUUUAAAGGACAGCAAGGUGGUGGAAAUUGUGGACCAGAAGAUCAGAAGAAAAGAGCAGCCAGAAAAGUGGGCUCUGCCUGGCCCUCCUAUGGCAGACUACACACAGACUGACUUCUCACAGUUCAUCAACUGCCCCGAGUUUGUGCCCCGGCAAAGCUUCCAGAAGGAGACAGAGUCUGCUCCUGGCUCCCCACGUCCCACCAGUCCAGUCCCCACAAAAACAGAGGAAGUCAGUAACCUGAAGACAAUGCCCAAGGGCCUGUCCACAAGCCUGCCCGACCUGGAUUCAGAGACAUGGAUUGAAGUGAAGAAGAGGCCUCGGCCCUCUCCAGCCAGGCCCAAGAAACCAGAGGAGUCAAAGACCCCACAGCAGCAGAAGCAAAAGGACCAAGAUGAACCCGAGGAGUUGGACUUCCUUUUUGAUGAGGAGAUGGAGCAGAUGGAUGGCCGCAAGAACACGUUCACCGACUGGUCAGACGAGGAUUCAGAUUACGAAAUUGAUGAUCGGGAUGUGAACAAGAUCCUCAUCGUGACUCAGACGCCUCCAUACCUACGCCGGCAUCCUGGCGGAGACCGGACUGGCAACCACACAUCCAGGGCUAAAAUGAGUUCAGAGUUGGCCAAGGUGAUCAAUGACGGGCUGUACUACUAUGAGCAAGACCUGUGGACAGAGCAGUUUGAGCCAGAGUACUCACAGAUCAAGCAAGAGGUGGAGAACUUCAAGAAGGUGAAUAUGAUCAGCAGGGAGCAGUUUGAUACUCUGACCCCAGAGCCCCCCGUGGAUCCAAACCAGGAGGUCCCUCCUGGCCCCCCCAGGUUCCAGCAAGUACCUACAGAUGCUUUGGCUAACAAGUUGUUUGGAGUACCUGAACCUUCAACCAUCGCACGAUCUUUGCCUACAACCGUACCAGAAUCACCCAACUACCGCAAUGCCAGGACCCCCAGGACCCCUCGCACGCCUCAGCUGAAGGACCCUACACAGACACCCCGGUUCUACCCAGUGGUGAAGGAGGGCAGGACGAUAGAUGCCAAGACUCCACGGAAGAGGAAGACAAGGCACAGUUCAAACCCCCCAAUGGAGUGCCACGUGGGCUGGGUGAUGGACUCCCGGGAGCACAGACCUCGAACUGCCUCCAUCAGCUCCAGCCCCUCUGAGGGAACUCCGGCCGUUGGAAGCUAUGGCUGCACCCCGCAGUCCCUGCCCAAGUUUCAGCAUCCUUCCCAUGAGCUGCUCAAGGAGAACGGCUUCACGCAACACGUCUACCACAAGUACCGUCGGCGCUGCCUUAACGAGCGAAAGCGGCUGGGCAUUGGUCAGUCCCAGGAGAUGAACACGCUCUUCCGAUUCUGGUCCUUCUUCCUACGAGAUCACUUCAAUAAGAAAAUGUAUGAGGAGUUUAAGCAACUGGCUGUGGAGGAUGGGAAAGAGGGAUACAGGUAUGGUCUGGAGUGCCUUUUCCGAUACUACAGCUAUGGGCUGGAGAAGAAAUUCCGGCCAGACAUAUUUAAAGACUUUCAAGAAGAGACCAUCAAGGAUUAUGAAGCUGGCCAGCUCUAUGGGCUGGAAAAGUUCUGGGCCUUCUUAAAAUAUUCCAAAGCCAAAAAUCUGGACAUCAACAGCAAACUGCAAGAAUACCUCAGCAAGUUCAAGCGCCUCGAGGACUUCCGAGUGGACCCACCCAUGGGAGAGGAAGGUGGACACAAGAGAUACCCAACGACGUCAGGGGGAGAUGGCAGGAAGCGCUACCCAUCCCAGUCUUCCAGCAAAACGGUCAGCCAGUGCCCAUCCAGCCAAGCCCACGCCUCGCCCAGUCAGCCUGCACAAGAGGAUGCCAAAAACCUGAGCCAGCAAGUCCCUGCUGCAGAGUCGCAGACAGUGGGGAAGUAGAGAGGAUGCAGCUUCUGCUUCCCACCAGGAGACAGGAUGGGUUGUGGGGGACUGGCUCAGAGAAGAGGAUGAGGGGUGUGAUGGGAAGGGAGUUGGAAUGUGGGUGCCCAGGAAUAGCCUGCUGGGAGAAACUUCAACGCACAUGAUUUUUUUUCUCUUGUGGCUGGAAAGCAAAGACGAUUCGCAUCUAAAACACCGUUUUGCUAUUACAAACCUGACCAGAGCCAGACCCACCCCCACCAGAUCCACCCUUUGCUUUUCCUUCUCAUCCCUCCCCUCCUGUGCACACGCUCGUGUCUUAGUGUAUCUUCAAAAAAUAUUCUGGCUGGGUUGGAAAGGGGAGAUUUUUUUAUUAUUAUUAUAUAUAUAUAUCAAGUUUUAAAUUAUUGCUAGAGGUUUGUCCAGAUUUACCAAAACAAGUCCGCUCUGUGCAGCCCUGGUGACUCCUUUUGUGUCCCCACCCCUUGGAUCGCUGGGCAGCCCGGCCAGGAAGCUCGGAGGAUUGAGGUUCCCUCGCAGGGGCCGAAGCCACAGCAUUGCAGUGCUGCGGAGCCUCUGAUCUCCAUGACCUGGCUGACAUUUCCCAUCCCAUGUCUGGCAGUGCUUCUUCGACACCAACCGUCGCUAAAGGCACCCAGCUCUGUUGGUCUUCCCGGUCCGUCCUCCCCAGCGUCUUCAUCUCCAACCUUCUCGCGGGUCUGGCUCUCCCUCUGCCCACCUCUUCUCCCUUCCAUCACGGACAAUUUGGAAAUCAACCAAAGGACCUUUGCCAAGGAUAGGUUUGUUGUGACUCCUUCCUGCAAGAAUGGCAGCUGGGAGGCUGGCAGGCACUUGGACUUGAAAUCUGCGUGGAUGCCGCAGCCGCCUGCCCAGGGCCCAUUGCAUGCGAAGACAGGACUUUGCUGAAGGAGCCUUCCUCUUCCUUUUCCCUUGGAAAAAUGAAACAAACAACAACAAAAAAACACAAUACCCCUGAAACAACAAC